CAGAUCUGCAAAGACACACACUGCACACCCAAGACCCUGAGAGGUACUGAGAGAGCACUUGAAGAGACACACACCCUAGCAGAGGGCUGGAGACACACCAAGGGCUCCAGCUGAAGAGCAUCGGAGCAGGACGUUCUCCUGGCGCCCGCUGAGAAGUUGUGUCCUACAGCAGAAAAAAAGCGACAUGUUUCCUCCACUAACGUGGGAUGAACAGUUUCACAUCUAAUAAGACCAACAGCUGAGCAUCAGGAAUGACAGACAAAGGUGUAACGGAAACAGUCCCUUUCACAACUAGACUGGCUUCGCUGCCUCCAAAGGGCACCACUGGCACCGUGAGCAGCCACAGGAGCUCCAGCGGAUUUGGCGGGGUGGCUGGAGAGAAGAAAAUGAUCACCAGUAACUAUGUGACAUCAUCCUCACGGGGGCUCUCUGCCGGGGGAUGCUCACCAUGGAGCAGCUCCACAGGAGGCUCUUCUCUAGGUGGCGUGCCCCGGGGUCUCGGAGGUGGAUCGGGAGGCGGCUCCGGGGCCAUCUCCAUAGGGCGGUCUUCAGUGAGCUCUGGAUCGAGUUCUGGUGGGAUCUCUGGGAAGAGCCCUGGUGGGGGGUCCAUCGCCAUCCCCUCGGCUGCUGCGAAAGGGAGCCACAGCUCUUCAGUGUCAGGGGGGCUGAGAAGAGCGCAGGGAUCCUCCUCGUCCCCCACGCACUCCCCAGUCCUCCCUGAGAGGAAGACCGUGGCCUCUCGCUCUGUGGGGUACGAAGGAACCUCGAGUGAGAACUCGUCUCCAGAAUACAGAAGAAAAGAGUACGCCUCGGCCGGCGUUGCCACUAGGGGCCGGAGCGAAAACAGAGAGAGUGAAAUACGUGCGAGACUUCAGAGCGCAUCUCCCUCCACCAGAUGGACGGAGCUGGACGACGUCAAGAGGCUCCUGAAAGGCAGUCGAUCGAGCAGCAUCAGCCCCCCGCGGUCGCCCUCCAGCACCCUGCCCAUCCCCAAAAAGGCCUCCGUGGAGCUGCGGUCAGGGCAGUAUGAGAGUGCCACUCUGGAUCCCGCUCAGGCCGUCUACAUGUGGAACAGCUGCACACUUCCGAGCAGCUCCUACAGCUACCAGAUGAACCCCAACAACCUGUCCCCGCGAGCGUCCCUGCUGCACACAGCCCCGGUUCAAGGGCUCCAGAAUAACCUGACCCUGAGCUCGGCCCACCCGAACGAUGCUCUACCCGACGGCAGCACAGUUCAUGGUGUUCAGAAGAACCUGUCCUCCACCUCAGCCACUGUCCUUACCUCAAAUGGGCUGAACUCUCCAACCGGGUACGGGGUGCAGAAGAACACGUCCCAGUCCACGAACGGCUCUGGGACCGUCGGCACCGCGGUGUCCACUUCGGCAGCAGAUCCCAGCAGCCCUCAGACCGAUGACGUCUUCCUCAAAGACUACAAGUUCCUGCUGCUGGAGAAGGAGAACGGCCCCGCCAAGAAGGACGCCGAGAUCCUCGUCGUGUCCAAGGACAGCGGCAAGCAGUUCACCGCCUCCACGUCCGCCGGCGCCGCCUCUUUCUCCGAAGACUCCAUAAGGAGGGAGAAAAUGAAAUGCACCAGCUCUUCGCAAGCUGCCGCUCUGAGGAGGGACUCUUACAAGAUCCACAAGGAGGAGGACAGGGCUGCAGGGGGUCUCUACGGGGUAGGAUCCUGCUGCACUUGGUGGAAGUGGCUUCUGCCUUUUCUGCUCAGCCUGCUGCUCCUCCUGGGGCUCCUCAUCGGGCUGAUCGCACUGGCGGAGGAGGUGAAGGCUCUGAAGGCCCGUGUAGAUGUCCUGGAAAGGGGCGUUUCCUCUGCACGGACGAGCCGCCUGUCAGCUCUCAACAUUGUAGACCCGCUUGACACCUCCCUGGGAAGCUCUGACAACACUGUUAACCUGGGCACCGCGGUCACUGACAGCGCUGCGCUCCAGAGAACCGUUCAGCAGCUGAUUCGGUCCGAACUGCAGUCGGAGUCCUUGAGAGCCUCAGUUAAAGGGGAAAAGGGAGAUCCGGGAGUCAGAGGAGAACCAGGGCAUCCUGGACUCAAAGGUGAUGCAGGGUUCCCCGGUGUUCCAGGACGUCCUGGUGAGAUGGGACACACGGGUCAGGAAGGACCCAAAGGGCAAAAAGGAAAUCCAGGUGAACCUGGUGCCGAGGGCCCAUCUGGGCCUAGGGGUCGAGAUGGGCCAACCGGUCCCCGAGGUGAUGUGGGAUCCCCUGGACUUGGAGAGAAAGGUGACAAAGGCUCUCCAGGUGAACCUGGAGCUCCAGGGCCUGCUGGACCAGUUGGACCCAUGGGGCCCAAAGGUUUUGAUGGCAGGAGUGGUCCUGCAGGUGCGCCAGGUGCACCAGGUCCACAAGGUUUUCGAGGAGAAGCUGGACUUCCUGGACCAAAAGGAGAGAGAGGGGCUGCUGGGCCCACAGGACUCAAAGGCGACCAGGGUGAGAAAGGACUGCGUGGACCUGCAGGUGACCCUGGACAAAGGGGUUUGCCAGGACCACCUGGUGAAAAAGGACCGAAAGGAUCUGUGGGUAGCCCUGGGACAGAUGGUGCUAAAGGCCCUAGAGGUGAGCAAGGAGCAACUGGACUGCCAGGAAUCAGAGGACCGCAGGGUCCGCUUGGGGAUGCUGGGAUGCCAGGCACUCCAGGACUUCAGGGACCACCAGGAAUACCAGGAAGUCCAGGCCAUCCUGGAGCAAAAGGUGAACCAGGAGAGCCAGGAAGAAUCACGACUGGAGCUGGCUCCAACUCUGUCAUGAUCCCUGGACCUCCAGGAAGCCCUGGUCCCCCUGGUCCUCCAGGACUGUCAGGUCUCAUUGGUCCAGCUGGAAUACCUGGAGAACGUGGCCCAAAAGGUGAGAAAGGAGAUAAAGGAGAGCCUGGGAUUUCUGUAAAAACCACUGGAACAGUCAGAUCUGCCCAAACUGAAAGUGGACAAUCUGCAGCUCCUAUUCCUGGACCACCUGGACCCCCGGGACCCCCCGGACCACCUGGCCCUCCAGGAGAAGCAAAAGAAGGUCCUCCAGGUCUACCAGGACUGCCAGGAGUUGGUAAUCCUGGACCCCGAGGAGCAAAAGGAGAGCCAGGAAGCUUUGUCCCAACUUCAGAAACGUUCUUCGCUGGACCUCCAGGGCCACCUGGUCCACCUGGUCCAAAAGGAGAGAAAGGUGACCAAGGACAAAGAGGAUACCAAGGGGAACCAGGCCAGCCAGGUCUACCAGGGAGUCCAAGUAGUCCAGGAGAACCUGGAAGAGGAUAUCCGGGACUGGAUGGGGCUCCAGGACGUGAUGGACUUCCAGGACCACCUGGUCCACCAGGUCCAAUGGGCCCACCGGGGCCAAAGGGACCAACAGGUGAAGCUGGAAUACCAGGUGCUCCAGGAAUUCCUGGGUCUGCCAGAGGACCACUGUCAAGAACCUCCCAGGGAUCCCCUGGUCCUCCUGGUCCUCCUGGACCACCCGGUCCUCCAGGAGAUGGUUAUGCAGUUCCAGAUAUCCAAAGAUACAUUGCAGAGUAUCUUAGAAGUGAUGGCAUCAGGGAGUACAUGACUGGUCCUCAGGGCCCCCCUGGGCCACCUGGGCCCCCUGGACAUGUUUCUGAUGCACAAACUGUGGAUGACAUAGCUGCUCGUGUCAUCUCCUACAUUCAAAGUGGAGGAAUUGCCAGCGGUGUCCCCGGUCCUCCUAGUCCACCUGGAUCUAUCUCCAUGGGUGACAUUGUCUCUCUGAUACAGAGAGACGAAGUGCGGCAGUACCUGAUUGGGCCUCCUGGCCCCCCAGGAUUUCCAGGACCUCCAGGUUUUGGCUCUUUUAACCCACAUGAAGUGGCUGGGCGUGUCCUUACCCUCAUGAAUGAAAAUGGAAUGGUUAAUGCACCCGGACCACCAGGACCUCCCGGGCCUCCUGGCUCUCCUGGCACGAGUUUCGAUGUCAUUUCCUCUUUGCUGCAAAAUUCCGAAUAUCAUGGUGUCUUUGGGCGUCCUGGCUCCUCCGGACCACCAGGGAUGCCAGAUCCUCCAGGCCCGGUUGGCCCACCUGGACCUGCUACCUUCAGCGGUUCAGGCUACAGAAUGGAGGACAUUCGUGACUACCUGCAGAGUGCUGGCUUUAUGGGACCGCCUGGCCUCCCCGGUCCUCCUGGUCCCACUGGACCUCAAGGACCCCCUGGAGUGACGAGAGGCUUGGUGUCAUAUGUGGAGAACAUGCAGCAAGAUAAAAUGCAUCCACAGCUUCAGGAGUAUCACACACCCGAGGGUCUGCAGAGAUUUACUACGGACCCUCCGGGACCGAAGGGGGACCGAGGUGACUCCAGGGAAAGAUACGGUCAGAGGCAGUUUGAAACUCUGGACUACCCAACUAUGGCUGUGAAAGUGGUCGAUUACAUCAAGAGCCAGGGUCUUUUACGGGACCUACACCAAAUGGGUGCAGGAUACCAUGGCAUCCAAGGUCCACCGGGACCCCCGGGACCCCCCGGACCCCCUGGAUACAGUCGGUUGAUUGGUUCCCAUGGCAACAUGACCGCUGAGCUCAUGGACUUUAUGAGAAAGCACUCUUCCAUCAUGGGGCCUCCAGGGCCGCCAGGGCAAAAAGGGGAGAUGGGAUACAACGGACCGAAAGGAGACAGAGGUGAAAAGGGACAGCGGGGCAUCAUGGGGCAACCAGGCUGGAAUGGGCCUAAAGGAGAAAAGGGAGAAAAAGGGGAGCAAACUGUUGCUCGACGGAAGAGAAGCCCGGGGGUUUAGAAUAGCAGCUGGGAAAGUUACUUUGGUUUCCUUUGAUGUCUUUUCAUAAAUAAAAGCAGAGUGUAUAGUUCUUUACACUGGUAACUACACUACAUCAACUUGUUUGUACCAUAAGGCUUACACACUGCUCGCCAUACUUUUGUCAAAGUCAAAGUUAGAGGGAAGUGUGACUGGUUCUUUAUAAUGCACCUUAAAUUAAAACUUGUCACUUGAGCCUGUGAAAUUUUCCAAGUAUCAUUAUCUGGGCAAUUUGCAUGAAUUUUAAAACACAUAUAAAUGCUUAAUGUUAUAUUUCUGCAAGCUAAUGACUUUUACUGCUCCAAAUCAAAGCUAAAAUAUCUCAGGAUAUACUAACUGAAGGUUAUUAACAGUCUGAGUUUUUCCCCCACACUGAGUAGUAUGGGAGUAUUUGGGUUAUAAGUGUGGUGAAAAUAACAUU